AUGAACGUUUCAAGUAAGGCGGUGGUUGGUCCUGGUUCUUGCGGUGCCGUAAAAUCCAAGGCAUUGCCUCCAAGGUUUCAAACUCAGAAUGAUCUCGAUUUCCUUAAAUCAGAGGUGGCGAAGAAUGUAUUAUCAAGCUCGGAACACUCUAUUUCUAGACUUCGACGUAUUCAGAAGUACAUGAUACCAUUAGUACUUAACGAAAUCAGUUUUUUGGCGAUAGGACCCAGUGGUUCCGGGAAAACGUGUGGCUAUUUACUCCCGCUGAUAAACAAAUUGAUUGAGCUCAAAGAAAUGGUGGUGUCACUGGAGUUUGUGAGGUUUUUUGUCAUUGAGGAUUUUGAACGUUGUGUGGAAAAAUCUUUUUAUAAGGAAGAUUUAACUAUAUUAAAGAAGCACUUGUCAGAGUCUGAGGCCAUUCCUGUAUGUAUUUUUUUAUCGAACGCUGUUCAUGAGAAGGGAAUAUUUGAUAUCAAUUUUAUGAAAGAGUUGGCGAAGACCAAACUUACCAAACUGAUGGUUUCUUCACUGUCGGAUAAUGAAUCGAUAUCGUGCAUUUUGUUUGAAUUACCAGUCGACAGUUCUUCAAACUUUAAAAGGCGUCUGUUGGAUUUGUCAGCUAAGUUGAACUACAGUGGACGCAUUCAUAUCAUGGUUGAUGUGGAUUUGGACCGUGAGAAGGCUAAGACUAUUUUAACGGCAAAUAGUAGUUUCAACGAAGAAAGUCACUUAAGAAACGAAGCACUUCAGUUUUUGGAAGAGCUUGACCAACGGGUACCAGAAUUUUUGGUGGACAUGCUUAGCUGUGUUGGUGAACCGUCGACUGAAGUAGAACUACCACAUUCAAGUGAUGUCAGUAAUGGGCAGCAAGUAGGCGCCAAACCGUCUGUGGAGUUCGGUGAGCGUCAUUUUAUUGGGAGAACGAAUACCCCACUUGUUUUGAUUUUGGGCAAUACCCAGAACCUCAUGUAUCAAACGUUCAAAUUUGCUUGUUCAAUGGCGGGAUACGAGCCAUAUGCUAAAGUAGCUCGAUGUGGUGUCCGCAUCUUCGAUCUGUUUGCUGGUAAAGGCACUUUACGUCUGAAUCGCAUGGACACCGUCCGCGACGAAAUUGUUGUUGCAACUACCGGAGGAGUCCUUAAGGGUUUUGAACAGAAUAAGCUAGAUUUCUCAAAUCUCGAGAUGCUUAUUAUUGAUGAGUUUGACAAAAUGGUUGAUGAAGUUCACGGAUUUGGUCGUGAUCUUUACCAAAUCUUGGCGAAGAUUCCUGCACGCCCAACGGUCGCCGGAUUUUCAGCAACAUUAUCGGAUGAGAACAGUGUGCGCACUCUUAGUGAUUUAGAGUUGAAGCUAUUUCGGCGGUUGCGAACUAGCUGGCGUCUUAGAGUGUCCGGUGGUAUUUCUAUCACUCUUACGAAAUUCUCUAGACCGGCCCUUAUUAAGCAGCGUUUUAUAGCUGCACUUAUUUCGUUUGAAAUAAAGGGCAACAGAAACGGAGCCGAGAAAGCGGAAUAUCUUCCUAACGAACCAUAUUGGGAGUGUGGUUUUACUAAAAACUUAAGCCUCCUUGUUGGAUUGAUUGAGAGUGAUUUAGCUCUUCACAAGAUGAAGAAAGGAGGUCCUUAUAAAAAGUCUACUGUAAUCUUCGUAGAACGUAAAAGAACAUCGAAUUAUCUAGCGUUAUUUCUUCUACAGAUCGGUUAUGACUUCGAACCAAUGAACGCAUCUUACAAAUAUUUUUACUUGUGGCCUAUUUCUACAGCGAAAAAUGUUACGAAGACAGUGUUGCUUGACGAUAUUUAUUUAGUCGGCUUAGUUUUACAGUUUAGAGAUUACACGUUAGACGACAACGAAACUACCCUCCGUAGGAUGAAGACUGGCAAAAUUCAAGGCGUUGUAGCCACCAACAAACUAGCGCGAGGACAGGAUAUUCCUGAAGUAGACCACGUCAUCAUUUACGAGAUGUCUACGGAUUUCAGCGACUACAAGCACAGAAUUGGUCGUACUGGCAGAAUGGGAAGAGGAGGGAGGUCAACGGUAAUGCUAAGCUCAAAGUCUGAUAGGGCUCUCGUUAACCCGUUGGUCAGGAAACGUAGUGGUUUAGAGCUGCCGUUCGCAAAAGAUUACUGGUUCUAUCGCAUCGUGCCAACCAAAGUUCCAUCUCUCUGCGGCGGUCAAUUAGUUGCGAACUACCAUGACCGAGUUGCUCUUAAGCUGGACAGUGAUCAGUAA